AUGAUAAUCUUGUCGGGCUUUCCUUUAACCUUCGACUCGCAACAGAUAUUCAUCACCGUCUUCACAGACGCAUAUCCCACGUGGCACUGUCUCGACCACACCAUUUGCAAUCCGGCAACCACCGACAUCUGUGAGAUUCCACGGUCAGCAUGGGACUGGGACGGCGGGCUAUCCGUCAUUUCGGAGUUCGAUCUCGAGUGCUCAAGCUCCUUCCUCAGAGGUCUUCCCUCAUCAAGCUUUCUACGUAGGUUCUAUCGUUGGAGGGGUUUCAUGGCGAUGAUCCCAGACGGUUUCUUGGGACGGAAGCAACUUCUUUUCUUCUCCACUUUAGCUAUGUCACUCUCUGGAAUCUCUAUCUUUCUCCUCCAACAUAUGGAUCUACGCUUUCUUGAAGUUUGUUAUCGGAUUCGCUCGUUCUCAGACUGGACUUACGCUUAA